AAAUCGACAAGUAGUUACUUCCGUUCGUGGCGUCGUGAAAUCUUAUCAUUAUUUUUCUAGUGCUGGAAUAAAAAGAAAUAUUUUGAGGAGUUUUUGAGUAGAACCGGCCGAAAGACACGUGUAUAUCGUUAAGCUAAAUUUAUUUAGCAAAAAGGAAGAAUUGUAGCCAGCAUCCCAGUCUAAGAACUUAUUUGUAGAUUGACUAAUUAUAAUGGUGGGAUCACGAGUAUAUGUCGGAGGUCUUCCCUAUGGUGUAAGAGAACGAGACUUGGAGCGUUUCUUCAAGGGAUAUGGAAGAACACGCGAUAUUCUAAUCAAAAAUGGCUAUGGGUUUGUGGAGUUUGAAGACUAUCGUGAUGCAGAUGAUGCAGUUUAUGAAUUAAAUGGGAAGGAAUUAUUAGGAGAAAGGGUUGUAGUUGAACCAGCCAGAGGAACAGCCCGUGGAGGAGGGGGUGGAGGGCAUCGAGAUCGAUAUGACCGGUAUGACAGUGGUCGUCGCGGAGGUGGUCGUUAUAAUGACAAAAAUAAAAACAACAACAGAUCCAACUCUCGCUAUGGACCCCCAUUGCGCACGGAAUAUCGACUAAUUGUCGAGAAUUUGUCUAGCCGUGUCAGCUGGCAGGACCUGAAAGACUAUAUGCGUCAAGCUGGUGAAGUCACCUAUGCCGAUGCACACAAACAAAGACGUAAUGAAGGCGUGGUUGAGUUCGCUUCGUUAUCUGACAUGAAGACUGCGAUCGAGAAAUUGGACGAUACUGAUUUGAACGGUCGCCGCAUACGUCUGGUUGAGGAUCGUCGUAGCGGUCGCGGGCGUGGUGGUCGAGGCCAAUCGGGCUCCUCCAGUUCACGCUCUCGAUCACGUUCUCGCAGACGUUCGCGCUCCCGCUCUCGUCGCUCCUCGCGUUCUCGAUCAAAGUCGCGAAGCCGAUCUAAAUCACGUGGUGCACGCUCCAAAUCCAAGUCACCCGUCAAAUCGCGUUCCCGUUCACGUUCCAACAAAUCUCGUGAACUAUCAAAAUCAAAGUCUAAGUCUCCUCGUUCCCGUUCUCGUUCACGUUCUCCAAAGCGUGAUGAUUCCCGCUCUCGUUCUCGUUCCAUCUCAAAACGCGAGUCGCGUUCACGCUCCCGUUCCAAAUCUCGCCGAGACUCACGUUCACGCGAUCGCUCUGUUUCCCGUGACAAACAAUCCAGAUCCCGAUCACGUUCACGUUCCAGAUCACGAUCGGUAUCACCGAAAAAUGGCAAUGCCUCUCCGGACAGAACAAAUGAGAGUAUGGAUGAUUAGAUUAUAGAGAACAAAAACAAAUAAAACAAAAAAACCAACAACUACUAGAAUUCACAUUGGCGCCCUUAAGCGUCAAUUAUACGACUUUCCUUCUUAACCUCUGCCCCUGCGCCUCAAAAUUUUUUUAUAACUUACUUGAUAAUUUUUAAAUCUUAUAAACAUUUUCUUGAUUCUUAUGAUGUACUUUUUAAUUUUACACACACACACUAUCACACAACAAACGGAAAAAGGCAAGAAAAGGAUUAUUAAAACAAACAUUAUAAAGUAGACAGACAGACAGACAUUUGUUGUGUGCAGGAGGGGGGAAAUGUUUAAAUGUGUCACAGUUGCAAGUUGCAACAGUAAAACAACCAAGAAAUCUUGUUAAUCUUACAAGAACAACACUAUCUAUUGUUGUUACAGAGAGUGGCAACAUUGCCAUAACAAUGCUGAUGUUGUUGUUACCUCUACUGUUCAGUGUGGCGUAUUUACACUAUUUCCCCACUGGCAGACAGAAAAAAACAAACAUAUUUUUUUAUAUGUACUUUUUUUUAUAUAUAUAAUAUUUAGUUGUCUAUCUAAUCAUUAUCCCUGACCUACCAAAUAUACAUACAUACCUACAUAUAUAUACAUUUAAAGCAUAUGUGCUAUUCUUAUAAUGAUAUGUAUUGAAGAAAGAAAUAAGAGAAACUUAAAACUAAAAAGAAUAACAAAAUCAAAAAAUAAACAUUUUGACAUUUCUGCAAAGUUAUUCCGAAACCUCCUUCUCCCUCCUCCCCUCCUAAGUUAUGUAAUACAUGAAUAUGAUUUAUAUACAUACAAAAAUCAAACACAGACUCUUAAACAUCCUGGUUCUACAAGAUUGUAGUUAUUACAUACGUAUAUGGCAAAAAUAAAGACUAAACUCUUAACACCUGAA